AGAGUGUUGAAGAUGGACGACGCGCAGGCAGUUUAUCUGCUGUUGUGCCUCUGUUCUCUUGGAGUCCAGGCUGCUGCAGGUGAGUGCAUGAGGGCACUUGAAGGAGGCUCCUUUGCCAUCCGGUUGAACUCCACAAGACAGCAAGGAGAUGUUCUCACCUGGAAACUCAACCUGAGCAUUCCAGUGUACCAGAGAAGGAAAGAGCAUGUGACUGGUGACGGGAGUGUAAAUGACGAUGGCGAUCUCCUGCUGGGAAACCUCACCAGCUCCAUGUCUGGCACUUACAGAGCUGAACACCACGGCCGAGACGGCAGGCUCAUCAAAGCCAUUACUAAGGAACUGUGUGUGGUCGCCAAGGUUCCGGUUCCAACGCUGUCUGUGGCGUGUUCCUCAUCCGGUGCAGGAACCCUCCACUGUGUUCCUGGCGGAACCAAAGGGUUCUCCUCCAUCACCUGGUUCCACAACAACGUAGAGAUGAAGGAGAAGGUUAACCCUUUACACCUUACAGAGCUCAGAGAAAACGGCCGCUACAGAUGCAGACUGACCAAUGAUCUGCUUAUGGAAGACAAGAGGGACAGCGAUGACGUCACUAUGUCAUGCUCAGCCUCUAGUGUAUCUCCAUGGCUGAGAGCUGUGCUAACACAUGUCAUCUCUGUGUCCCCUGUGUGUUAG